AUGGCACCCUUACUGAAAAGUUUCUUGUGCUAUCUGAUUGUUCUGAGCGCAGUCCAGCGGAUACAUGCUCAAACGGAUUAUUGUGAUAAAUCCUUGUGCAAAAACAAUUUACCUCACGUCGCCUGCGGUAAGAGCGACAACUACGGACCUUUCUGUCCGGUCAAUCGAGAAUUAGUGGUCCUAACAGAAGACGUCAAGAGAUACAUACUGGAUCUACACAAUCAAUUUCGAAGCACUGUGGCACGUGGAGACGCGCCAGGCUAUGCACCCGCUUCCCGAAUGCCAACAUUGGUUUGGGACGACGAGCUGCAGCGGUUAGCAGAAUAUAAUGUUAAGACAUGCAUUUACGGCCACGAUUACUGUCGGAACACGCCGGAAUUUCCGCUGGUCGGGCAAAACAUUGCGGCCAACUCGUUCUAUGGUAUGGAAGUGACGCCGUUGGAUACUAUGACAGAGCUCUUGUACAGUUGGUACGGAGAAUACGAAAACGGAAACAUGGGCUACAUCGAUUCCUAUCCGCUAAUAGGCCAAGAUCCACCGAAAGAUAUUGGUCAUUUCACGCAGAUUAUGAUGGAUAAAGCGGUAUCGAUCGGAUGCGCUAUGAUUCAGUACACCCAGAACGAACAGGGUCAUGAUUGGGUGCAUCAAAACUACGUGUGCAACUAUUCCAAUUCGAUAGCCCGUGGGCAUCCGGUUUACGCCAAAGGGGAAACUUGUUCGAAGUGUCAAACCGGUUGCAGCCAGGUAUAUCCGGGUUUGUGUAAUGUUGGUGAGAAGGUUGAACCAACAAGAACGUAGGAAAGCUCCCAUUCAGGACUGGAUUCUGAGUGAGAAAUUAGUGUGUAAGUGUAGUUCCAUCUGCAUCGAAGACGACGUACAAAACGAUGUAAACAGACUUAUCCAAUUCAAGUGUAUGC